UCCGCGCCGCAGGGGCUGCGCGGGUGGCUGCGGAGCGCUUACCGCUUCGCCACCGACCGGAACGACUUCCGCAGGAACCUGCUGGUGAACCUGGGGCUCUUCGCCGCUGGGGUGUGGGUCGCCCGGAAUCUGACGGACAUCGACCUGAUGGCCCCGCAGCCCGUCCCGUAGCGGCGGGAAGAAAUAGAGCUGCAAGGGAGGAGAGCUCGUCCCCCCCGCACCCGAGGACCAGAAGAGACGUGUUUAGCCGUUACAAGUUCCGAUACGUUCGUGGGAGUACGUUCUGGUCUCCUUCUCUGCAGAGCUGCUGCUUGCACUUCAAAGCUGUCAUGCUUGAAGCAGCGACAAGGGGGGGGAAGCUUUUAAGUGUGAAAGGGAGAAUUUAUUUUCAGUUCGUUCUGCACAGUGAGAAUAGUUUACGCAAGGACGCGAAGCCAUUGUGUGUGGAAUUUUCUUCUGUACCCCCAUCUAGAUGUUUAUUAAAGUAUGUAGAAUAAUGACAUAA